GUCUUUUACCGUCACUCAUCAUACCGGCUCGGCAACGAGCUUUGUCCUUGGUAUCUGGCAUAAACUGAAAGCGUUCGCACACAGCACUUCUUGCCCUUGACGAACCACUUCAUAUUAGGUUGACGGCACGCCUACAAUGGCGUCCUAUUACGACGAAGAGGCGGGGCUGCUUGGUGGGGGCAAGGAAUCCUACUCCUACGAGUUUGCGGAGCGCACCGUGCGCCAGGGCUUCGUGCGCAAGGUUUUUGGCAUUCUGGGCCUGCAGCUGCUGGUGACCGCCGCCGUGACCGCCGGCUUCAUGUUCAGCGCGCCGCUGCGCACCUACGUCUACACGGCCCAGUGGCCCUUCUGGCUGGCCUUCGGCCUGUCCAUCAGUCUUAUGAUCGCUAUGAGCUGCUCCGAGUCGCUCCGCCGCAGCCACCCCUACAACAUGAUAACGCUGGCGGCCUUCACGCUGUGCGAAGCAUUCCUGGUGGGCACCGUCAGCGCCGCCUACAACACGCAGCUGGUGCUGCUGGCGGUGGGCAUUACAACAGUGGUGGUGCUGGGCUGCGCGGCCUUUGCGAUGCAGAGCCGUGUGGACCUCACACUGUCCUCUGGCGCCAUGGUGUCACUGGGCCUGGCGUUCAUGUCCGCGAUGGUUCUGAACCUGUUCAUCCGCGCCAACUGGCUGUCGGUGGCGCUGUGCGGCCUGGGCGUGGCGCUGUUCAGCCUCUACCUCAUAUUCGACGUCCAGCUGCUCAUGGGCGGCCACAAGUACUCGCUGUCUCCAGACGAGUACGUGUUCGCGGCGCUCAACCUCUACCUCGACAUCAUCAACAUCUUCCUCUACAUCCUGGACCUGCUGUCGCGCCUCAACCGCGACUGAGGCCGAGGCCGCCAGGCCAAGGCUGGGAAAUGACAACGGGAGUGGAGCGGCAGGGGCGUGCUGAGUGGGCCGGACGAGGCGGCGAGGCGGCUGUGGCUGCAACGGCAACGGCAACGGCCUGUGUGGCCGGCGGCCAGGGCCUCCGGGCGACUGGCGACACUGGCGGGUGGAGGAUGAUGGGUGGCAGGCAGCGAGUGAUGCACGGCGGGGAUCGAUAAGAGGUAGAUGCGGGUUUAGGAGGGCUAGGCACGGAGAAACUGCAAGUUGGUGGUCAGGUCUGGCAGGAGGAGGGUGGGAUGCGCUGCUGACAACGGCUUGGUUGUCGGGUGGGCAUCCGAGCGUUGCUCUAAGGGUUGAGCUGAGCUGUGCCGUUCUGCCGCGUGGAGCGCCACUGGGCUUGCUUGGCGGGCCAGCGGCUGCGCAGCGGCAGCGGCAGUUGCGCGGAUCGGGCAGUUCCGCCCUGAGCAUUUGCUUCAUUUGGGCAAGUGCAACAUACCAGUUAUUUGCGCACAAAACCUUGUAACACUGAUAAGUUGUGAAGGGAUGCCCUGUCUGAGUAUUUGGGGCCACAGGGUUUAAAGGUCCUGGCGGGUCCAGGACCAAAACCGCCGGAAUUUGAGGCCCGAGGCGAAGAUAUUUUGCGUGGCCGGAAGUCCGCGCCUGGGCUUUACAGGACUGCCUGGUCGUGCACAACUGUGGCGCACAACGUGGUGUCUUACUAAUCGUUUGCAGUUGCCAGGGUCACAGAGGGUGCUGCAUUAAGCAGUGCCUGAGUGCGUGUGCGGUUGGCGUGAGCAGGCCUGAGCAGGCCCGAGGUACUGCCGUGGAGGAGGAACUCGCACAAGCUUCGUGCGGCGUGUAGACGCCCUUGCUCGGGCGCUAGCCCAGUUCGCGCAUCUCUGUCACCGGUGUUCACCCUUCA